AUGGUUAGAAAACUAAAGCAUCAUGAACAGAAACUGCUGAAAAAAGUUGAUUUCCUCGAGUGGAAGCAGGACCAAGGUCAUCGCGACACUCAGGUCAUGAGAACAUAUCAUAUUCAAAAUCGUGAAGAUUAUCAUAAAUACAAUAGAAUUUGCGGUGAUAUUCGUCGCCUCGCUAACAAGUUAUCAUUGCUGUCUCCUACUGAUCCAUUUCGUAGGAAACACGAACAAUUAUUAUUAGAUAAGCUAUAUGCCAUGGGUGUUUUGACUACAAAAUCCAAGAUAUCUGAUCUAGAGAAUAAAAUUACCGUCAGCGCUAUGUGUAGAAGACGAUUGCCUGUAAUUAUGCACAGAAUGAAAAUGGCAGAAACCAUACAAGAUGCAGUCAAGUUCAUUGAACAAGGCCAUGUUCGUGUAGGUCCUAAUCUAAUAAACGAUCCUGCUUACCUUGUGACAAGGAAUAUGGAAGACUACGUUACUUGGGUUGAUAACUCUAAGAUUAAGAAAACUGUGUUAAGAUACAGAAACCAAAUCGACGAUUUUGACUUUUCGUAA